AAUCAACACACAUUUUGAACUGAUUGAAGUUUUGUCUUUUAAAACUAAAUUCCGAAUAAACACCACAAAAGUAUCAACAAUUGGACAGCGAAUUUGUCGGAGAGUUUUCGAUAAAUUGUGAUCAACGUGAAGCUAUGGAAGAUGACGAUGAUAAUGAGAGUAUUAUUUCGGUAAAUAGAAUGAGCGACACAAAUGUUGUUGGCAACAGAGUGGCGAUUUUGAAGAGUUCCAGAUCGGAUUCGGGCUCAUCAUCACGCCGUGAUCGUCGUCGGAAUCGAAGCAGAGACCGAGAUGGGAACAAUAGGCGCGUUGUGGUAUUAUCAAAUACAAACAGUGGUUCGUCACGGAAUCGUGGUAAAGGUGGCAGCAGUUCUACAUUAUUGGCGCCACAAUGGUCUAACAACGAUAUGCGUUACAGUUCAUCCGAACUUCUUGACAUAACCUCACUUUCGGAAGCGUAUAACGGCGAUGUAUUAAAUACCAAUAAAAUCACCAAUCUAUUGGCCAAUUUACCCGAAGAUAUGCGCAUAUCAAAGCUAUUACGUCAAUUGAGUACGGAAAAGGAUGCAGUUGAAGCGCGUAAAAUUUGCAUGAAAUUGAAUAUUGUUAUAAUGGACGGAACGAAUGCGAAUUACAUUCGUCGAUCGUUUGAUAUUCUUGCCGAUCACAUUCUGCGUACAUUCAAAGAUGGUCCAAUUGAUGCAAUGAACGAUGUGGCUGCCGUGUUCGGUAAAAUGGGAUGGAUUGUUCGAUCGGAUUUUUCGAUUUACCGACAAUGGAUUCAAAAGAUGCAUAAAAACGAACGCAUUCGUGAAUAUGCUUUAAAAGCACUACAAGAAACACUCGAAAUGGACUCAAUGGCACAUGACAUUCGCAUGGACAAUUGCAAUCGGAUCAUUGAAAUGCUUAAAGAAUAUUUGGAUGGAAGCGAUCAGGCCGCACACUUUGUUGCCGUUACAAAUGUAAUUCAACAAUUUGCACAAAAUUAUCCGAAAGCAUUUCAACCACAUUUUGCCGAUAUUGUUGAUUUUGUCAUCGGAUGGCAUUUGGAAACCGAUCAAGUGUUGUCGAUUAAGCAACAUUGUGCAUACAUUUUACAACAAUUUAAACCGUUUUGGUUGAACGAUGUUGCUUUCACACGAAAUUUGCUCAAUCAAUUUUUGGAAGAUAUAAUCAGUUAUCGAGAUGAAAUUCAAAGUCACAUCGAAUCAACAGUGGGUGGCAGUUCAAGUAGUACACCAACACCGGAAAUUUGCUUUGGUUCCAUUGUCGGCGCAACAAAUUCAAUUUUAAAAUGUAUUUACGAUACUCCGACCGUUCUUUGCAAUCACAUUGGCAUUGAUUUGUUGUCCGAUAUUUUUCGAAGUGUUUUGGAAAUGAUUCAGGCAUUUGAAUGUACACCGCAAAAGCAUUAUACGCUCGAUCAACGUGACGUGAUUUAUAUGUAUGUGAAUGAAUUAAUCGUAAUCGCAUUGGAUUGCCGAAAAAUUGGCAUUGAAGGUACCGAGGAAAUGCUACUCGAAACCGUUGAAUUACAAUUGAGAAAUUUAAGCCCGGCCAGUGCAUCUGAUCAGAAAAUUGUCAUUAUUUUAUUUGUUAUUUACAAAUUGGUGGCCGAAUUAAAAUCAGAAGUUCCGAUCACAUUCAUUCAAACGAUUUUCUCCACCGAACCCACCUGUGUCAUUCAUCAAAUGAAAUUCUCGAGAAAUAAUCAAAUUGUGAAAUCAAUUGUGAAAAUUUAUCAAGCCGUGUUAAAUUUGAAAGUCGUUGAAAUACUACAAGAACUCUAUGGACAAAUUAUUGACGAUCUUAUGGUAGCCGUUGAUAUACUUCAGCCGCGGGAUGCAGAGAGAAUGGAAUGUGCCGUUUAUACAAAAGAGCAGGCCGAAUGUAUUCUGAACUUUUAUCUUCGUACCAUCUCGACACUGGCCACAGCAUCGUCAUCGAUUAUUGUUAUGUGGGUGCUAGAGCCAAAUAUUUUGGAAUUACUUAGCGAACGCCUACAAUCAGCCGAAUUUGAAGUGUUUUGGUCGCAUUAUCCCGAAACGCACUUUGCCAUAAUUAGCCUGUUGACCUCACAUUGCCGUAAUAAUAACAAUUUUAUUGCAUCCAGCACAUUGUUGAACGAGGAGCUCACGAAAAUCACCGACGUUUUUAGCAAAUUAAACAUGGACGAUAAUGCCAGUAACAGUAGCUUCAGUGAAUUUGUACCGGGUGCUUCUUCGUUUAAUAUGCCUGUACAAAAGACCGCCAAUACCGAAUCAUCUCCAACUGCCGGCCAUUUUGAGUUAAUUUUAAAAUAUUUGUGUAAAAUUCUAAAACAACGAUCGCUACCCGAACAUACCGUUGCCAUUUUGCUGGAUUGGUGUGAAAAUAUAUUCAAACAAACCACCAACUAUGCGAUCAUUUUGAAAAAUAACGUUGAAUUCUUACAAAUUUUCGAAUCAAUUGGUCGAUAUUCAAGUGAAUUUCAGGCAAUGAAAAAAAUUCAAAUGAAAGCGGCCGAAUGUUUUGAUGCAUUGCUCACGUAUGAUGUACUGCAUUCGGAUGUACUGGAAAGCAUUGCGGAAAUUUGCUGUGUUAAAAUGUGCGUCAGUGAUGCGAUUAUACGAAAAAAGUAUGCGGAUUUGUUUGCAAAAUUGCCAUUAAACGUCUCACUAAAGCAAGUAAAUCAAUUUACUGGCUUGGCAAAGGCACAGCAUCGUCAAAUAAACAACAUUCAACAUUGGUAUUUGAGAACGCAACAACGUGGGGUUGAAAUGCGUGCAAGGUUCGUAGUUGAUUUUACACGCGCCAUAAAAAUCCGUGAAACUGACAUAAAUCAAGCCGAACCAAAUCAAUACGAAAUUAUUGAGAAAAUCUUGAAGAAUAUUUUUAUUCAUUCGCAGAAUUCAUGUGUUGGCAUACAUUCAAAGUCGAAACUCAAUGAAAUCGCUGAAUUUUGUAAGGUGGCGAUGGCCGAUGUUCGUGUACUCAUUUCAUGGGCACAAUGGGAGACCGCACAAUCGUGUGUAAACAAUAAAUUACGUACAUUCUUGGGAAAACCACAAGAAACAUUCCUCAAAAUCGAAUCGAUUAUUAAAGAAAAUGCUCGAAUUUUAUCGCUAAAAGAUAAACUCAAAGUUCCAAAUGUUGAUACGAUUUUGGCUAAUCAACGUCAUGCACGUAUUUUACUUGGCUUUAUGGAAGCAUUGGAAAAAUAUAUUUAUAAUGCGUCCGAAGGAACCGUUUGUUUGCCACCAGCUGAGAAACCAGCACGAACAUUUUUCCAUGUUAACGCUACCACGUGCAAUGAAUGGUUUAAUCGAAUAAGAACCGCUGUCGAUCUAGUGGCCCUGCACUGCAUGGAACCAGAAAUGGUAAUUCGAUAUACGGAAAGUGUGUUGAAAAAUUUGGCGUCAAAUGGUAAAAUCAACGAACCAUUAUUUGAACACACGCUGAUGUCGCAUACAUGGGCUUUACUACGUAAUAAAGAAGGCGAUGCACUCGAAGGACUGUUCGUAUGGACGAAAUCGAUAACAAAAAAGAAACUCAUGUGGAUUAAAAUGGCAGCAGAACAAGCAAAUGGUCAUUUGGAAACGGCGACCGCUGGAUACAAAAAUAUUCUGGCCAAUUUAGAUGAGCCAAAGCAUGAUGCUCAUUUUCGUGAAUUUAUAUUCGAUCAGCUUACGUUGUGCUUGUUAAAUUCCCAAGAAUGGCACGAAUUGUAUGAGGUCCUUCGAACUGAAGAAGGUCGUAAUACACCGCGGGCAACCAUUCCAUUGCUGUCGAUUAAUUCGAAUCAAAUUGAAAAUUUUAUCGAAUAUCAAAAAUCAAACGAUGCGGCCAUUCUUGAGAUGAGCGACUGGGAAGUGCUGAACAAUGAUUCGAAUGGCAUUGCAAAUGAUUUUUCAUAUCAUCGCCUGAUUUCGUUGACGGAAAAUACAAUCAGCAACAUGAGCAUUGAAUCACAAAACAAGCAUAUUUACAACACAGAACUUGAGAGAUCUUGUUUUGAGAUUGUUCAAAGUGGCCUGCAAGAGUGUCUUCGCACCAAAUCACGUGAACACCUCAACAAUUUGGUGGUGAUGAAUCAUAUUUGUCAUAAAGUGGCCAAUCGAAAUCGCACCGGAGAACGAGAAAAUACACACAGUUUGUGCGUUGAUAAAUCAUUUGGUUCGACGGUUUUAACAAAGCUUUUGAAUUGGUCCGAGUAUUUUGAUAAUGUUACCGAAAUUGGUGAGCAAAUUAAUCUCGAUUUACGUUUGGAUGUUUGUUCGAUGACGAGAAAAGAGGGAAAUUUAACACAUUGCCGCAAACAACUCGAAAUAUUCUUUGAGAAAAUCAAUUUUGGUCCGCAAAUCGGAUGCGUUGAAUCGAAACUGGAUGUAAUUUGUGAACGAUUAAUUAACAGUGUCGACGAACCACAAUGGGACAUGAAUAUUUGGAAUCAAAAUACGGUGCGCAGUGUGUACGAAAUGGCCAAGUGGCUAUAUAGCUACCCCGAUAAAAAGGAAACGGCUAUUCAAUUUGCCGCUGCCAAUUCGAUAACGAUUCGUAAUAGUUUGGAGUGCAUUAAAGGUACAGAGGAGGAACCAUUGAUUCAACAACGAAUUGCACGAAGUUUCUUAAACCUGGCCGAAUGGCUGCAAUCGGAAAAUGAUCAAUUUUUAAUGGAAUCGGCGAAUAAACCAAUUGGAAAAUUGAUCAACUCAAUGGACGAUCACAUCUUUCUUCGGCUGCGAAAUGCCAAUUUGAAUUAUGAAGGUGAAGAGGUGUCGUCGAUUCUAUCACCAAUCGAUGUUGCUGUCGGAAAGCUUCUCAGCCAAAGUAUACAACAAUGCCCGAAUUUGAGCAAAUCCUAUGGUGCAUAUGCUGGAUGGUGUUACCGAUGGGGCCGAAAGAUUGUUGAACUUCGCACCGAAAAGAAUGAAAAAGCCGGUUUACGGCCGUCGGAUUUGUGUAGCAUAAAAGAUUUAAUACCAAAUGCAAGCUCCGGCGAUAUUGAUCUCAUAUCGAACGUACUUGAUUCACACAAAGUCAGCGCCGAAGAUGAAGAAUUGGUGGUAUCAAAUUCAGAUGACAUCUCAUCCACCGAAUUAAUCGAGUCUCAACUACGACAAAUUGGCAUUUUAAGCGAUUGUUCUACAGAAACGCUUCAGAAAAUCAUCGAAAUUUGGCGAUUGGCUAAUCGAAAUAUAUAUAGUUUUUAUGAAAUGGCAGCCGAAGCAUACUUUAAAUAUCUUCAAUUGGCCACUCAAAUGCAAGAUGAUGGCUUGGUGAAUGUAACAAAUAUCGCCGACGAUGGAAAAUCCAAUGAAAAUUGCUCGGUUGUAACGGCAACCCUACGAAUUCUACGUUUGAUUGUAAAACAUGCAUUGGGUUUGCAAGAGGUUUUGGAACAUGGACUGGAAACAACACCCACAUCACCAUGGAAGAUCAUCAUUCCGCAACUUUUUUCGCGUUUAAAUCAUCACGAACCAUACGUGCGGAAGCGAGUGUCCGAGCUAUUGUGUCGUGUUGCCCGUGAUUCACCACAUUUAAUCAUAUUCCCAGCGGUGGUUGGUGCUGCUCAAGAACAACGUGUCAAUUUCACCGAUUUAUCCACAUUCUCAGCGAAUGGUGAUCGUACACAAACACCAAAUUCAGCAUUAACUACGUGUUUCAAUUCACUUUUGGACACUUUGUCCAAACAAGCAUCCGAACAAGUGCAACAGGUUCAGCUAAUGGUGCGUGAAUUGAAGCGAAUCACCUUGUUGUGGGAAGAGUUGUGGUUGUCAUCGUUAUCACAAGUGUAUUCUGAAUGCGCAAAACGUAUGGCAAUUCUUGAAAAUGACUUGACAAAACUAACAACCGAAGAAACUAAUUCGAAACAAGUGGACGACAAUAAACGAACUGUACUUGCCGAAAAAUACCGUGUAAUCAUACGGCCAAUUUUAUUUGUAAUGGAGCGUUUGAAUGAAGCAACAUCGGUGAAGGCCGAAACAGCCAAUGAAUUGGCAUUCCAAGAACGAUUUUCACCCGCAAUUCAAGAAACAAUCACUUCACUAAAAGAACCAUUGCAGUUUACCAGCUCAUCGCCCGACGGAUGGUCCAAAUUUAAACAAUUGUACACGGUGCUGCAACAACGUUCACAAAAACGUUCAACGUGUCAAUUCAAAAUGGCCGAUAUUAGUCCAGUUUUGGCGCAAAUGAAGAAUACAGUCAUUUCAAUGCCCGGAAUUGAAAAUCAUCAAAAUCGCAGCCGAAGUGAUGGCGACAAUCGAUGGAUUUAUAUUCGAUCCGUUGACAAUUUCGUACAAAUUCUUCCGACCAAGACCAAACCGAAAAAGUUGGCAUUUUAUGGUAGCGACGGCCGCAAACACACCUAUCUCUUCAAAGGAUUGGAAGAUUUACAUUUAGAUGAACGUAUUAUGCAAUUUUUGUCAAUUGCCAAUUCAAUGAUGUCAAAAACACGUACAACCAUUGGACAAACAACGAAAUAUCGAGCAAAACAUUAUUCCGUUACGCCUCUCGGUGCUCAUUCUGGUCUUAUAUCGUGGGUCGAUGGCAUGACACCAAUAUUUGCAUUGUAUAAGAAAUGGCAACAACGCCAAGCAACAAGUCCAAAGAAAGAGAAGAGCCCAUCAACAACAGCGAAUGCAAUGACCACAUCGAAGAAUACACCACCGCAAGCAAUUCCACGACCAUCCGAAUUGUAUUUCCAAAAACUAACACCUCUGUUGAAUAAGCACAAUAUUAAGGCAACGCAAAGUAGUCGCAAAGAAUGGCCUUUACAAGUGCUGAAAGAAGUCCUUGCAGAACUCACUGCUGAAACGCCACGAGACUUACUUUCAAAAGAAUUAUGGUGCUACAGUACAAAUGCAGCAGAAUGGCGUCAAGUUAUUCGAAAUUAUGCUCAAUCGUUGGCUGUGAUGAGUGUCAUUGGUUACGUUAUUGGAUUAGGUGAUAGACAUUUGGAUAAUAUUCUAGUUGACUUGAUGACUGGCGAAAUUUUGCACAUUGACUAUAAUGUGUGCUUUGAAAAGGGAAAGACAUUGCGUGUUCCUGAGAAAGUUCCGUUUCGUAUGACACCCAAUUUACAAGAAGCACUUGGUGUAACCGGCAUUGAGGGUACGUUUCGGCUGGCAUGCGAACAUGUUUUGAAAACAUUGAAAAAAGGACGUGAAACAUUAUUAACACUAUUGGAGGCAUUUGUUUAUGAUCCGUUGGUUGACUGGGCCGUUGCAGAGGAUACAAUUGGCGGCGCAGGUGGUGGCGAUGGUACAAAUGACACACCAUCGACUCGAAAUCGUCAAAUAACCGAAAGGGAUCGUCAUAACACCAAUAUUGCAACAUUUGGUGCCACCGAAAUGGCUUUUGGCAUUGAAACAGCACGCAAACAAAUGCAGGACGAAUUCAACCGAGAUACACUCAUCAUUCAAUUCACCGAACUCAAACCAGACUGGAUACAAAAUAGAGAUGGUUUCUUCAAUCAAUUAAAGCAAGUGCAGGCAUAUUUGUUGAGUUUGCAACAGCAGCGAUUGCGUCUGCAGUCAUUGGAGGAGAAUCGUUUGUUGCUCGCAAAACAAGCGGCAAUGGUAUCGGAAGCUGGUGCGCUUGACUCAGCAUUGGGCAGUCAUCCGUUAAGCACACUAGCACAUCGCUACAGUGGUUACAAGCAGAAAAAAGACGAAUGUGAUAAGUGUCGACGAGCAUUAUUAGAUCGAAUGUCAAUGUGUAACAAACAAAUGAUGGAUUAUCAUAAUUGUUUGUACUUAAUUGAAACAAACAAAGUAGCCGAAAAACUGGGCGAUUUAAAUAAAUUGACGGCUGCGCUAAAGGUCAUUCAUCCAAAUCAUGCAUUUGAUUUGGUUAAAGAUUUUCUCGACAAUUCGGCACAAAACGUUAUCUAUUUGCAAAGUUGUCAACUCAGUUCGGGUCUAGAUGUGUUGGUGAAAAAACAAAUUGCCACCAUUCAACAAACGCUAGAGACAUUAGUCGAAUAUGGUGCGAUAACAAGGUAUCAUCCGCCAAAGGUGCACCAAACACAUCGCAUUACAAAGUAUGGUGAAUGGUGCAAAUAUCUAGCCGAACAUCAAUCAGUUCAGGAUUGUCAUAACAUUGCCAAACAAUUUCAAAUGACAAUUGGAAAGAAUAUCAUCAAUAAAGAGGCCAUAACACAGGUGAUUGAUUUCUCGAGUACGUUGCAAACAACGCUACGAGACGGAGAGUUUAAAUUACAAAAGUUACUCGAGCGCUUGAAUGUCGAAAGAGACAAUGCGGUAAUGGAUGGCAAUUCAAGCGCAAACAUCAUGCAAUACACAAAUCUAUUUGAAGAUGCUCGUAAUUCGAUUCGAAUGUUCUUCCAAGAUCAAAAUACUUUAUCACCUGUCACCAGUGGAAGUAGAGUCAUCGCUGCUGCUGCCGCUGAAAAGAAAUACAAUGUGCUCGCCUUGCAUUGUGUAACAAUAACCAUAUUAUGCGAUUUAAAUAAGCGACUUUUGAUGAUGGAAAAUGCAGCCGCCAAUUCGGCUGGCAUGAAUAAUAUGGUCGCGUUAACAUUUAAUGGAAAUUGGGUGCUAGACGAAUUGUACGCGCAUUCGGCAAUCAUGUGUGAAAUGUCAUCAAUCAUUGAAAAAGCUCAUCGGGAUCAUGGCACAAAAACCUUGACCGAACCAUUCUUUUGUGCAACAAAAUGCUUGUGUGAAAUUCAAAACAUUCACGAAAUUCUGCGCGAGUUCAAUGAACAAAUUUCGUUGAACAUUUUAAAUGAUGCAUUGUAUUGUAUUAUCAGCGAAAAAGAAAGCAUUUUUAGCAUUAUUUCAGCAUUCGAUAUUCUACAACGGAAUAUCGAAUCGAUUUCAGACCUAACUACUAACUUAUAUGUAGCAUUGAGACAUGGUUCGAAUGCUGAAGUGACAACACGUCAAGCAUCGGCCGAUGUGGCGAUUUUGCGACAGAAUUUUAACGCGAUUAAAAUGCAAAUCGAACAAAAUGCCCCAAAUGAAUUCGGUUCAAAACUAUUUCUACGAAUUAAUGGAUUAUUUGAUAAACUUGACGAUGAGUACGACCGCUUAAUCGAUUGCCUGCAAGACCUUAAUUUGGUGGGUGAUCAACUUAAAAUCGACCAAAUGAAAAAUGCCACCCAGUUAGCGUCGUGCGUUCUUAAUGGCGAAAGUCGUGCAAUAUUGAAGGAAAUUUUCUUUGUGAAAAAAAUCGAAGCGAUUGCUCAUUUCUUUGCGAAUAUUCUAGCAAUCAGUGUUGCAUUCAGAGCGUCCGGAGAAAAACCAUUGCGCGAGGAUAGCUACAAGGAUAGUGUAUUGUGUCUUCCGUUGCGGAACUAUUUGACCGAUUUUGUGUGGCGUAAAAUGUUCGGUCUUCAAUCAUACUGUGUGACAGUGAUAUUGUGCGAUUUAUUGCAUGGCAUCGGUGUCGAUGUGGACAGUGAAAUAAAUAUGGUUGAUGUGGGAGCCCAGAACAUUGUUUCCAUGGAAGAACUAUGCAAUAAAUCGAUUGAGAAAUAUGUUCGAAACGAAAAAAUCCCAAAGAUGAUUGUAACACAAGCGACAACACUUUGUUGGAAUUUGGAUGGGGCAUUUCGUAAACUGUGCACAAUACAAAACAUCCAAAAUCAUAUAAAUUGUCAACAGAAUACAUUGAUACGAACACAGUUGAUAUUGACGGCACAUUUUUGGAUGUUCGAAGAACUGCUGACCAAACAAACUGGCUUCUCAAUAGUGCCGACACGAAAUCGUGCAACCAUAAUGUUACAAUUGGACGAAACCACAAAAACUUUGAUCGCUUUACAAUCGACUGUACAACGGCAAAAGGAUGAAUUGGGUGUAUUGACGACAGCAAUAAAUCAACGAUUGAAAUGGGCGGCCGGAGCAAAUCCACAACUAGUGAAUUUGAUGAAUGAUUUUGCUAGCACAGUAACAAAUCGACAUGAAAAUAUUGAACGCGUCGGUUUGUUAGCAACAGCAGCUCUGAACGAAAGUUCAGCCAUUUUACAAUAUGAAAAAUUGCGUGUAUCAACCACAGAGGCAUUGGAUGAAGAUCAAAAGUUUUUGAAUUUGAUAUCGCAAUGGGAGAAAUGUUGUACAAUUGCACAGACUUGCGUAAAUGUUGUAACACCCGUCGAAGUAGCACUGAUUGAAUUACUCGACCCAGAAGGGCCUAUCGAUCGAAUGUGGUUGAACAAUGUGGCCGGACUUAUUGAUGAAAUGAUAAAUCAAGUGCAACAAGAUAUCAGCAAAAUUGAACGGGAAAUUGUCGACUCACAAGACGAACUACAGUCGUGUGCAUAUCGCUUGCGUGCAUUGAUGGCAACUCAUAAUCGUGUCGGAACGAAAAUUUUAACAUUGGUCAAUGCGAUUUAUCGCAUUGUCGACGAAGACAAGAAAUUAAUAUUGAGCGAAUAUGUUGAGCGGCACGGUUUAAUGAAAGAAACCAUAACCGAAUUGCAAGGACACAGUUUGAGCAAAGAUUUUACUGAAGAAUUGGUGAAUGUUACACUCAAUCAAACCGCUGAAUUAUUGAACACACUCAAAGAUAUUUUCAAUAAUUUGAUUAAUGUUGGCAAUCUACUGAACGAAAAUGACAAAACAAUCACAUCACCAGUCAUUGCACAGGUUCAACAACAGGAUUGUAUGCUGAGUCGACCAAGCAGCCCAUCAAAGUCGAAGGCACAGAAAGGAAUGGAGCAAAAACGAAAUGCAUAUGCUGUAUCGGUAUGGCGACGUAUUCGUAUGAAAUUGGAGGGUCGUGAUCCGGAUCCGACACGACGUUAUUCAACUGCCGAACAAGUUGAUUGGAUGAUACGAGAAGCAAUGGACGCCAACAAUUUGGCCGUUCUCUAUGAAGGAUGGACGCCUUGGGUUUAAAAACAAUCUCUUAUUAUGGUGUACAUGCAACCUUUGUGAACUACAAUCAAAUCAGAAGAAAAGAAAAACAAAAUUGAAAUUCGAUUUGGAAUUUUAAUGGACACAUUUCUUUUGAUAUAACUGUAACGACUGUUUGUGACGUUGUCAUCGAAGCGCAUUUCGCAUCUUCACCACAGUUAACAUCAAUCUAAAACAAACAAAUAGUUUAAGUAAAAGCUAUUCAACAAUCCAAGAUCCAUUGUCACAUACAACAACAACACAAAUACACAUUGUCGAAAUGGUGGUAGAUGGAAAUAAUCGCGUUGGCAACAAGCAAACCCAAUAUAGAUAGCGAUCGGGUCGAGCUAUGGCUCAAUAUUUUGUGAUGCAAUUUAUUUAUGCAUCAAAUUGCAUUUGUGUAUCCGUAUCAAGAGCAAAGACAACACACAUUGCAAAAACAAACAAAUUAUAUAAACUAACCUAAAUUGAACUCAUUUUUUCAAAAUUAAUUCAUUUCGCAUUUUAAAGAAAUUAUUAACAUUUUAUAUUUGAUUUCGCAAUAAAUUCGCCGAUAAAAGAUCUGAAUAGAGAGUUAAGAAAAGUUUUGUUGCGACACAAGUUAACUGUUUAAAAGAACAAUGCAAACUACGCUCAAUUUCAGUAUCUUCGAAUGAAUUUGUGAAUCGAAUUAUUUUUAAAAAGAAAAUUCAUUAAAUUUCAUGAAAAUCACUCCUUACAUAUGUUUUGGCAUUUCAGAAAAAAGAAUCGAUUUUCUCCUAAUUAUAUCAUUCUAUUUAAUUGAUAACAAUUCAUUUUUGUUUUAUUUCCUUUUGUUGGACGCAAAGUUAUUACUAAAAAUACACAUCUUAAUCGAAUUUAAAAUCAUUCAUUGAAAAAUCUUUUUUUUUAUAUUUUGGGUAUUCUUUUGACCAUUCGAUUCAUAUUCUCACAUCCUUCAUUUCAUUUUGCUUGGAUUUUAAGUUACGCUGACAAAAAAACACACACACAUAUAUGACAUAACAUAAAUGUUCAAUAAAGAUUAAAUUGGAUAUCAUGCAUA